CUCCACCCCACUGCUCCAGCACGCGGGCACAGACACAUCUCCCAAAUCCCGUCGAGCGGCCGAGUCUGCGCCUGUGCCAGGUAUGGCAGUCCGCACUUGGGGGCGACUGCACAGCCCGCCAGUCGGGACCAAGUCGGGACUGCCUGUUCUGGCACAUCCGCCCCUCCGAGAGGCCUGGAAGCGCCCAUAGCGAAGCGACAUCCGACUACUAGCGUCACCAUCCAAUCAACAUCAAAGAUGUUCCGGAGUAGACAGUCAGAUGAGGCGUCACGGUCCUCCGAACCCCGGAUGGAUAUGGAUGUGUUGGAGGUUCCGCGGUAGAGCGGUUCAGAUUCUGACGGCACCGUGUCGGUAUAUAUGAGCGCGGGAUGUACCAUGGACACAUCAACUCCGUUCACAAGCAACUUGACGAAUCACCGACCUUGAAGAUCCACGCCAGUAACGACCAUGUUUGACUUCAUGCGCAAGAAGAAGGACGUACAAUCCGAGCUGGAUGUACCAACAGUUAAGCCUAAAGACAAGGAGAGGUCACGCCGCGCCUCUCUCAUGUCGCCAGUAAGACCACGUUCAUUCAAGAAACGCGACCGUCCCAUGAGCGGCUCCUUUAUACCAAGCGAUGGUCCCCUCCCAGAGAGUACGGUCGCCAGACCAUCGUGUUCCCGAGCACAUAGCUCAACGGCAAGCUCGAUCAAUCUCCGCAACCCGUUCCUAGACGACGCAGAGCCAUCAAUGUCGGCCAGUCAGCUGGACCUGACGCGGUCCAUGGGUAGCUCAUACCCCGAACCACCUAUGGCGAACAUCCGCCAUGUGGCACGGGGCUCGCCCAUAAUUGUCCAUCCGCAGGGCGAGUUUGCGGAGGUCAUCUACCCUCAACACACGGAAGCCGAUGGUGUGAUGGACCCUUUUGCGGAUGAACAUGCACUCGACCGAAGUCACAGCGGGAUUGGGCAGGAUGAAAUUUCAGAGGAAAGCACUAUGACUCAGAAGACGCCAACGAAGCGGCGGCGUCGAGGCAGCUCGUCUGCAGUCUUUCGCAAGCCUGUAGAUUAUCUGCACGUCAACAUCCCAGUCACCGUCUUCAGCCCACCAUUAAGUGUUUCACGCCAGGAGAUGUGGGCGCGAGUGUAGUAUAGGAGAUGGCGCGGACACCUGAUGGACUUCAGUAUGGACACACUGUGACUUAUUGCGCAAAAGUAUUGUAAAGCACAUGAAAUUCGUAUGCGAUGCUGUCUCCUAGCAAACUGAGCUACGGAGAACUAUGUAUCUUUGCUCGUGUACCAGAGCGCAACAGGUUCCACCGUA